UGGGUCCCAUUUACGAUAAUGCUCGACCUCCACUCAACCCAUCCAUGGUUUUUCACGUAAACAAGAAAAAAGCUUACGUCUUUCUCUCGCCCCUUUUCACCCGGCGAGCGUGGGCUUGCAAUUUCAAUUCAAAAAAGCUCGGCUUUUUCUUUUUCUACUCACUAUAUAUUUAUUCUAUUCGUUUGUUACUACUUGCUGUUGAGAGCUAAUCAAAUUUAGGCGCAUACAGAGCUUCCUGCUCUCCUUAGGGUUUUUUUUUUCCCUGCGCCUGCGCUGUGAUUUCCGGUCUCUUCUCUUUGAUUUUCUCUCCUUUUCCUGCCCCUCCUGCGUCUUAUCAAUUGUGCCGUUACUGUAAGUUCUUCUAUCCUGCUAAUACCGUCGAAUUGUCGAAAUUUCAUGAGUAUGACUUGUUUUUGGAGUUAUGGGUCUCUGAUUAGAGUGGUUGUUAUGUUUGCAUCGUACGCUUGAUAUGACGUAGUCGGUUAUUGUGAUAAUGUUAAUGAUUGUAAGCCUUUUCAAGGCAGAAGAAGCUUUCGUUCUGUUGUAGAAGAUCAGGAUUGGGGAUUUCUGGCGUUGGGUAUUCUAGAUAUGAUAAAACAGAUAUUCGGUAAACGCAAGGCCUCGAAGUCAUCCCACAGUGAUUCGAACGGUGAUGGAGGGGUCAAUGGUGCAUUGUCUGUGAACUCUUCGAAUGGGUCCAAUUCCAUUAGUGCCUUGAAAUCCAAUUCAGCUUCUUCGAAAUAUUCAAAUUCUGGUGCCGGUGGGUUGUGGCCUGUCAAUGGGACUCUUGCAACGAGUUCAAAUAAAACAAAUCAACAAAAGAAAUCAGCUGCAGCCCCUACAACACAAGUGGGUUAUGUAACGGCUCCCGGAGUUUAUGAGGCAUUGCCAAACUUUCGUGAUGUUCCCAGCUCAGAAAAACAGAAUUUGUUCCUUAAAAAGUUGAACAUUUGUUGUGUUGUAUUUGAUUUUAGUGAUCCAGGUAAAAAUCUUAAAGAGAAGGACAUCAAGCGGCAAACUUUGCUUGAGCUUGUUGAGUAUGUUUCCUCUGUAUCUUCAAAGUUUAAUGAAGUAGCAAUGCAGGAGAUCACAAGGAUGGUGGCAGCCAAUUUAUUUCGAACUUUACCAUCUCCCAAUCAUGACAGUAAAGUAGCAGAUACGUAUGAUGUUGAGGAGGAGGAACCUACUUUGGAACCAGCUUGGCCACAUCUGCAAAUUGUGUAUGAAUUUCUUUUUAGGUUUGUGUCUUCAUCAGAGACUGAUGCAAAACUUGCUAAAAGAUAUAUUGAUCAUUCAUUUGUGUUGAGAUUGCUUGACUUAUUUGACUCCGAGGACCAAAGAGAGAGGGACUACCUGAAGACUGUCCUCCACCGUAUUUAUGGAAAGUUCAUGGUACAUCGGCCAUUCAUUAGAAAAGCUAUAAACAAUAUCUUUUAUCGGUUCAUAUUUGAGACAGAGAAACACAAUGGAAUUGCAGAGUUGCUGGAGAUAUUGGGCAGUAUAAUUAAUGGAUUUGCUCUGCCUUUGAAGGAAGAGCAUAAAUUGUUCCUUGUCCGUGCCCUGAUUCCCCUUCACAAGCCCAAGUGUGUAUCAAUGUAUCAUCAACAGCUUUCUUAUUGCAUUACUCAGUUUGUUGAGAAAGAUGUCAAGUUAGCUGAUACUGUGAUUAGGGGCCUUUUGAAAUGUUGGCCGGUGACUAAUAGCUCGAAGGAGGUUAUGUUCCUUGGUGAAUUGGAGGAAGUCUUAGAGGCCACCCAGCCAGCAGAAUUUCAGCGUUGUGUAGUUCCAUUAUUUCGUCAGAUUGGUAGAUGCCUCAACAGCUUACAUUUUCAGGACACACUGUAUGUGGGACUAUUGUGUUUUAGUCAUAUGAUGAACAAAAUGAAAUUCGGAGAAGGUAAAUUCAAAAUUUUGAUAGGCUUUCAAGAAGCUUUGGUUGAUUUGUUUCCUUUUGAAGAACAAGUAAGAGAAAAGUUGAAGCAAAAAGCAUCACAUUUUCAGCAUCAGACCAUCCAUCAGUCUCUGAUGGCAGGAGGAAGGGGAGUAGAUGGUUCUUGCACCAGAUUAGGUGAGUUAACUGGGGAAGAAGUCCAUUUUUGGAACGCUUAUUUUGUGGCCUUAUCAGGGAGUACCCAACAACAGUAGCUUAGCCCAAUUAGCAAAUCAAUCCUAUGUAUCUAAACCUUCAAUCAUAUGCAGUUAAAUGGGCAUAGUCUGUAGAGAGGAGGAGGGAAAUCUAAUUUUAGCAAGAAUUGGCAACUUAGACUAUUGUUCAUGGAAGAAGGACACGAUGAAGAUGACACGGGAAAUUCACUUGAGAAGGUGAUUCAAACAGGGGAAAAUAGAGUGAUACACAAUGAAAUUCCUGUGAACUAUAUCUUGGGCAGUGUUAAUUGAAUUUGCAAAUUUGGUGUUGUGACAAGCUACUAUUGUUGGGGGCCAUGAAAAGGAGUUUACAAUAGGGUAGAGAUGGUUUCCAAAAACAUUAAAUAAUAAUAAUAAUAAUAAUAAUAAUAAUAUAAAAAGAGGGUGCUCGUGUUUCCAGCUAUUUUGGUUACGAGCAGGUGGAGCAGCUGUAGACUGGCAGUAAACUUUCUAAAGCUAAUGAUUUGGAAAUUUGAAAGGAUUAGGGUUGCGAUUAAGAAAAUAAGAAUUAUUGGUUUUCCUGGAAAAUCAUUAACGCAAAGUUACUAAUUCAAUCAAUUUGCCACGGUCUGAUUGUGGCAGCCCUUUAUGGUUCGAGUGGGCAGUUCACCAAAUAAAAGUAGGGAUCAUCAAGGAAUAUUCUCUUGAGGAUGGAUAGUAUUUUGCCAUCAUAAGAAUCUUAUAAUGGCAACAACGGAGGAAGCUGUUGGCAAGGAAUUUCUGUAUUUCAAGGAAUUCACCAUAAGUAUUUUUUUAUCCUAAUGCCCAAAUAUUGUUCUCUUCAGAUUAUAAUCCUAGUGUCUGCAUUUGCAGGGAGUAUUUUGAUCUGUUUAGCUACAGGUGGGUUAUGGAUUGAACAACAGAAGGUAUUUUCAAAAUUAGUUUUGAUUGUUGAGAAAUAUUCUGCAGGUAAAUGGGGAAAUCUUAAGGCAUACUAUCUACCUUGGUUGCUUCCUGAUGAGCCUGGAAUUUGGAAACGGACCUAACUCUUGAGUUUCUGGUCGAUCUUAUGUGGGGCGUAUUCCAAUUUCAAUUUUUUUCAGGAAAAUUUUGCCAGAAAGUGGAUUAAAUGAUGCAGUUGUUAAAUGAGCUCAUUCAAACUCAAGGAAACAGUAAGCUGAAUGGCGUGAAGACACUUAAAACAACAGGGAAUUCAUAUUGUGCUAUGUUUCUUUCUUUCUUUUUUCUUUUCUUUUCCUUUUUCUUUUUCUUUUGGGAUUUGGGGAAUCAGAUAUGGAUUUAAGAAAUGCUUGGUUGGGGUACCUGGGGAAGCAAGUACAAGGUCCUAUUGAAAAUAAGCCAUUGGUCCGGUCCAAACAUCCACUUUUCACCCUGAUAGCAAGGGGAAGCUUCAAAGGCUGGGUAACAAUGGACCCUUGAUUGGUGUGGGAGCAAGUGAAAGUGGCUGGUGUGAGAAUGAUGUGUGGCCAUGACAGCUAUAAGAGGGUAGAUGUGUCCUUAUUAGAGGGAAUGAAUUUGGAUAAUCAUGUUAUAAAGAAGGCUUGUAAGGACUGGAGGAUGUGGGCAGUGGUUUUGGGAAAACUUAUGCAGUGGAUUUGGGAGAUAGCUAGCAUCUCAAAUACAUAUAACUGUAUUAUCUUUCUGCAUGUUUUCCUUUUUGUGUAUGGGCGCCCCUGCCACUGCAGUGAUUUGCCUCUGUAUUUUUUUUAACAUCAGUUCCAGUAUUUGUCUUUUUGAUUUCAUUUUUGAAGUAUUGUCUGUUUCCCAUCAUACUGUGGAGAAGAUUUUAUUUUAUUGUUCUAUUUUUCUAUCUAUUAAUAAUUCAAUUUCAAAUGCUUUGAAGUAAAUGAUAAUUCUACCCUGCUUGAAAGUUGUGGUUGCAGUGUUUUUCUGCUCUGUUUCCAUCAUUCUUGUUUGGAAGUGAAAUUUGCUAGGGGACAACAAAGGAUUUCAGGUUUUUGGGUUCUGUGUUACUGGCUCAUUUAAUAUGCAAACUGCAAUGUUCACCACUUUAUGCAUUUUCUUUUUCACUUAAAGCUGGAAAAUGCUGAGAUGGAAUUUAAAUUCACUUGAGACUUACACGAUGAAAUCUGAUUUGAAGUUGACUUGGUUCUGCUGGCAGGUAGCAGAACGGGCUUUGUUUCUAUGGAACAAUGAUCAUAUUAGCAAUUUGAUCAUACAAAACAGCCAAGUAAUACUGCCUAUAAUCUUCCCUGCUUUGGAGAAAAAUACGCGGGGCCAUUGGAACCAAGCAGUUCAGAGUUUGACCCUUAAUGUGAGAAAAAUGUUUUCAGACAAUGAUCAGGCG